UUUUUUUCAUACAGCAGAUCAAUUUAAACACAAGGAUGACACAAAAGCGUGAAACGUACAAUAUUCCGUCGAGACACCGUUUAUGUGAAGAAAGAUGAAGAAAAAAGAUUUUAAAGAAUGGAUUUGUAAAACACAGUAUACUUUAUCAACUCUUGAUUAUAUUUCACAUGUGAAGAAAAAUACAGAAUUAUCUGUGUUUCUUGACACAGAUUUUGGAGCUUCCUUUAUAAAUGAAAGAACACCUGCACGACAAAAGUGUGGAGACUCCGAUCGUUUAUGAAUCUCACUUCUCACAUGAAAUAAUAUGCUUUGCUGACACUGAAUAAAUCUUGAAGAAAUAAAAUAUGCCUUUUGCAUUUCUUACAUUUUAAUUACCGUAUUCAUCAAAUUACUGUUUGAACUAAAGCCAGGUGUCUGAUGAUUUUGGUUUGGGCUUGUAAAUCAGCAUCAGCAUCAAAACAGCAUCUUUGUAAUGAUUAAAAAUAUGCCGUAUUUAAAUAAAAAAUGUAAUACUUUAUUGCAGUAAAAUUAAGAUACUGCCUAAAAGUGCAGAAAACCAUUAAAUAUGAUUGUGAAAACUGAUGUCUUUCCAAGUCACAGUCUACUUGGCCUGGAACAAGCAGGCUGAUUCAUCGUGUCGUUUUUAAAAACAGAGACUUCAAGUUUUUAAUGCAAAAAAACAAGUUAAUCGAGUUUAUUUAAUGUACAGUCUUACUAAAUGUACCUUUACUAUCCCAGUAAAUUGAAUUUAGCAGAGAUCCCAAUUGUUCUGAUGACAAACAUGGCUGCUAUCAUAUGCCACGCCCACCACAUCAAUAAUCCUUAAAAUACUGCAUUAAUCUAAACAACACGACGCAAUAUUUAUUUAUUUUACAAGACUACCUGUUACAGAAUAUAUUUACAAUGUGUCGUGGCAUGUAAGACUUCAUUUGUGCCCUUUGUGCCAUUACAAAGUUGAAAUAGUGGGUCUAAUGGAGACUCCAACCACCAACUUCAAAAGGGUGAUAAAAUGUUAAAAAUAUAUAUUUGUUUGAUGUCAAAAUGUGAAAUGACAUAACAUUCUGUUAUAAGAGAUGUUAUUAUAUGCACUGAAAUAGCGAAUAUCACUAAGAAAUAAGUCUUUUUAAGAAGCCUUUGAAUAUUCAAAUUGAAAGUAUCGCGCAAUCAAAUCAUUGUCAAAUCAUGGAGUUCUUGGGGUUUUAAAUAGUAGGGAUGAGGGGAGAAAAACUCAAACUAAAAUAUCCCUAGGUAUAUUACUGUAUAAUUGUAUGUCCUGAGAGUGUUUUGAGGUUACUUUGUUGAGACUUUUUGAGACUUUUGUGAAUAAUUCGUUAUUGCCCAUAUAAUAGAGCAAAGAACUGACGUUGGGGUAUUUCAUUGUAGCUCCUGCAGAAUUUUCCUUCUUUUCAGGCCAAUAUGUCUGCAGAUAAAACCAAGGUGUACCAGGGUGUGCGUGUGAAGACUACAGUUAAGGAGUUACUGCAGAAGCACAGAGCUCUGCAGGCACAAAAAACAGCAACGAAAUCACAAGCCAUGACGAGUCGCGAUGUCUGCUCUACGACCUUAAAUACCCAACUCGAUGUCUUCUCUGGAAGGCAAGCUCAAGAUCCCUAUUUCCAGACACGUUCAUUUACUGAACAUGUCAACGUCCCGAUGGAGAACGCUUAUGAUCAUCAACAGAUGAUGAAUAUGAUGCCACCUGAGACUUUCAACAACAAUUUCGUGUUCCCCACUUCUGCGCAGUGGGCUAAUGGAUAUCUACCUUCAAAUACGGAAAGUUACGGCACUAACCUGGUUUCAAGAUCACCAUCAGACUCAUUCAAUCUACCCAGUCCAGUCGAUUACAACAGUUACUCUCCCCCUCAGUCUCACUCCUCAUCUUCCUCGUGUUACAGCUCUCCGACACGAAUGGAUUUGAACUCCAGUUUCUCUCCAGAAAAUUACCACUACCAGCAUUGCAACCUACAGCAUUGCUUCUGUCUGUCACAAUGGUCCAAUCUGCAGGAUGGCAUGACGACCUCAGAGUACGCACCCUAUGGCUCAUCAGACUGUUUCUUUUCAUAUGCCGGCGACAGCUAUUUCAGAAGGGAUAUCUCAAACUCAGAUAUGUGUUACUUAUAAAAUGUACUUUGAAGCACUUUGCGCGACAAUUCAGUGUCAUAAAUUAUCCAUUUGAAUGCAUAUGUUAUAGCUUAGUUUUGGUCAAGGAAAAAAGAAAUGACACGGCAUGAAUGGGUUUAGAGUAGUUUGGUUGCAAGGUUGAUUGCAGAGAACUAAAUGUGUGUGAGUAUAAUUUACGAAGAAAUUAUCUUUUCUACAAUAAACGUAUUUUUCUUAAA